CCCCACCUUGUGCCCCACUUUCAUCACGCUCGCAUACGACAACCGGGGUGGAGCCCGCUGUCGUACUCGCAGGGCAGGACCAUACCAUCACAGGGGAGGUUAUUUGCCAGGACAGCGCGGGAUUGAUUCACGGCUGAAUUGAUGCUUUCAGGGCGGGGGAAAGAUACGGGGGAUUCGAGGAAACGAGCGCAUGCCACGUCCAGCUCGAGCCAUGUUCCGGUUGAGUGCAGUCGCGGCGCUCCGAGACAACGGGGAACUUCGGCCGGUCGGACUACGCGCGCAAGAACGGCCUGGACAAGAUGGUGGGGUACAUCAGAUCGGCCGACCGCUCGAAACUAGAACUCAUGGACAUCCUGCGGUUUUUCGACGAGUGGCGGGCCUCGCUGGAGGCUAGACCGACGCUGGGCGACGGCACCUGGGAGGCGCACUUCAUCACCGACCACUCGUGGACCGACAUCCAGGUGUGCAUCCUCGGCACCGUCGCCUAG